GCUUCUUUAGAGUCAGCCUUGGUUCUCUGCUCGGAAUCUAAUACCUAAGGUAAAGACGGAGGUCUGCAUAUGUCAUUGCAUCUCGAACACCUCCAUACGGGUAAACCCAGGCAUCCAGAACUUUCCUUCAGGACUUACCGCUCUUAGUCCAGAUUGGCUUGACUUCAUAAACGACACUUCUUUAUCCACCUACCUACCCUUAGGUGGCCCAAAUCAGUCUCGUGUGGGGCUGAUCUGUAAAACACUUCCCAGAAUUCCUUGCUAUCCACGCGCGAUCUUCUACAGAAACUAUAACUCCCAGAGGUCUAUGCGCGUUCUCAGGGGCGGGGCAAUUGGCAGCGACUCCCUCUAAGGGAUGGCAGAACCUGCUGGAUCUCGGCGACGCUCGCUGUACAAACAGGUGGGCUCGGCGUCCUGGAAAGAGGCUUUCAGGCAGGGAUGCCUGGAGAGAAUGAGAAACAGCCGGGACAGGCUCCUGAACAGUUACCGCCAGAUUGGGAGCAGUAUGCCAGGGAGAGGUCAGAAUGCCCUUCUAGUGCAAGAGGUGAUGGAAGAAGAAUGGAAGUCUUUGCAGUCAAGCGAGUACUGUCCAGAGGCUUUGGCUCAGUUGAGCUUGCCAAUGGACUUGGCUGUGCUAGAGGAAAUCCAGCAGGAGCUGAUUGAUCAAGAACAGUCCAUUAUCAGCGAGUAUGAGAAGAGCUUGCAGUUUGAUGAACAGUAUCUCAGCAUCAUGCUGGCUGAGUGGGAAGCGAAGCCCCUCAUUUGUCCUGUUUGUACAAAGUACAACCUGAGAAUAACAAAUGGUGUGGUUGUGUGUCAAUGUGGCCUGUACAUCCCAUCUCAUUCUCCAGAAUUGUCAGAACAGAAGCUUCGUACCUAUUUAGAAGAUAGUGUAAAUGACCACAGUACACAUUGUCCCCAUACCCCUGAAUUUUCAGUCACUGAUGGAACAGAAGAAAAGCCCAGUCUUCUCAUGUACUGUCUGGUUUGUGAUACAUGGGCUGUGAUCCUCUAGAGCCAACCUGGACUCAUGUCAAAUCCUCAAAUCCUGUUGAAGGUGAAGAAAUAGAAAAGACAAACUUCCUUGGAGGAGAUCAAAGAAUUUUAUUGUCCAUCAUUAUGUUAUACAAAAAUCUAGAAA